AUGUCGUCACGCUCGCCAUCGAACCAGGAGAAUGUGCCGUCCGCGGCGGCACCGACGAGCAACAAUAUGAACUCCAAGGUGAACAAGCUCAUGGGCCAGCUGCCUGAAAACUUGCGGCUGAACGGCAAGACUCCGAGCGGGAAGCCACGUCUGUUUGUUUGCCAGAUUUGCACAAGGGCGUUCGCCAGACAGGAACACCUUACACGCCACGAAAGAUCGCACACGAAGGAGAAGCCGUACAGCUGCGGAAUCUGCAACCGGAACUUCAGCCGGCGAGAUCUGCUGCUGCGGCACGCGAACAAGAUACAUGGCGGCAACUUUGGCGACACCAUAAUUAAGCAUAACAAGGGUGGCGCAAGCAAGGUCGCCAAGAGGCGGCAAAGCGCAGGCAAGUCGGAGCCCUCGGGCCUGGGAACACGCAGCGCAAGACGCCCAGACCUCCGUGCACAUUCUACGGCGAUUAAGCGUAGAGCUUCCUUCAGUGCGCAGUCAGGCGAAUAUGUGGCCCCUGUACAAAACCAAGAAAAUCAUAAAUUUGAUAGAGUUAGAUUCUCAACACCGGAAUUGCUGCCCAUUGAUUUGAAGGAAAUAAGGGACGAAAGUUACUCGCAGGAUGUUAAAUCGGAUCUCGAAGAUCUUUACCUAGAGAGGAAUGAUUCGAACAUGCCCCAGGCGGGAGCCCAGGUUCCCUUGGGCUCUCCGAACGAUUUCAAUCUGUUGGAUAGCGUUAACUGGAUUAAUGACUACAAUAACGAACCCUAUUUACCCACAUCAGAAACCGGAACGGUAACUGAGACUGCAAAAACAAGAACUGGAACCACGAAUUCGGCGAACAUAUCUCCCGAUUCAAACCAUGCCACCUUCAGUCUGGAAGCAGCCCUCGCAAACGGAGGUACUGGUAUGAAUAUCCGAAGCUCUUGGUCCAUCGAUGAAGCCGGCGGCAACUUGCAAGUUAAAUCGCUUUUCAACACUGUAUCCCCUUCAUCAUCGUCGAAGGAUAACAGUGUUUUGCCGAAUAGUUCAGCUGCAAAUUCCACUCCCUGGCUUCGAAGUUCCUCUGAGCUGGUUACCAACAACGAUUCAAAGAAAUCGCCCAGUUUCAGCAGAUCAGCUACCGUACCGGGCGGUUUCCCUGAAAAGCAUGCUCAUCUGCAUUUCGAGGAAAAUGUGGGUCUAUUGCACAACUGUUUGCCAUAUGAACAGUCUAACUUAGAAGACCUCAAGGAAACUGAAGAAUUGCAGAAUUUUGAACCAAUACCAAUUGAUCACGUAUCGCUUUUAAACCAUUUUGAAAGCCGGCAGAUUGAAGGUCUCAAAUCGCUAACAGAUGCUCCUGAUAAUGAUUACACUGCUUAUGGGCUGGAUCAUCUCACCCUAUCUCACAUAACAAGAGCUACAUCUCGAUCGAACGAAGAACGCUUUGCAAAGUUACCGAACUCCGAUAUCUUUAGCCCAGAGCUGAGGCAAAUGUGCAUCGAUGCAUCUAGAUACUAUGAUGAGCAUUACUAUGACAAUUAUGCCCCUGGUACAGGAACAGAUAGGACACGUAUAUCAAAAGGACUACUUCUUCCUAGCUGUAGGGAGCUAAACAUGUAUGUCUCAUACUUUCGAGAGUUUUUCAAUUCACACCAUCCAGUGAUUCACCCUGAUUUUUUCAACCUUAACAUGAAAGCCUUAAAGAGCUAUGUGCACGAAGGCUACACAGUGGAUGAAGAAAGCGACCGACAUUUACAAUAUUCAAAUGUGGUGUGUUUGCCAUUAUUUGUUGCCACUGUCGGUUCUUUAUUCAAACCUGAGCCUGAUGCUAACACAAGAACACUUUAUGAAACUAGUAGGCGUGUUUUACAUGUUUUCUUGGAGAGAACAAAAGAACAACAACAGUCACCACAGGGUAUAAAGCCUAUUCAAAGAUCAGGUCAGCACGUUUGGCUCAUUCAAUCACUUUCACUAAGCAUAUUCUAUUCACUUUUUGCCGAUCAUAUGGGAAAAAUCAAUGCAGAAAUGAUAAAGAGACAGGUAUCUGCUGUGUGCUCUAUCAUCAAAAAUAACUUUCUUGCGGCGAUCUCAUAUGAUACUCUAACUGGGGUGUCCGGUUCUUCCGGAGAUUCAGGAAAUCAAGGAAUUUUCCAGUCGGGUGUUGACACUUCCUUCUCCUAUAUCAUGUUUGAGUCAAAAAUUCGUUGUGCUUUAUCGGCUUACAAGUUUUGUCAGUUUCUGAGGAUAUUUUACAACGUGGAGGCUAAGCUCUUCCUAAGCGAACAAGAUAUAGAGCCCAUUUGCAUACCAGAUGACGAAAAUACUUGGAACAAGGCGUCGCUUCUUCUGCCUCAGCAACCGAUGACAAAGUCAAAUGUCACCAGUUUCCGAAAAUUUUAUGAUAGCUUCACGUUUAAUCAUUCUGGUAUGAAGCCAAUACCCGAGUCGCUUGCGUCUAUCAUGCUAUAUUAUGAAUUCAAUAUAAGCACUCACUCAACCUUCCAUGUAUUUCUCACGAGAAUAGAUACUAAAAAACUGGAGAAAAAUUUGGCGCAAAUCCAGUCACAAUUGAACCUUAAUGACCUCAAUGGCUUAGAACUUGACUAUACCUCGAUCCUCAAAAGUGACAGCAUUGUCCUGCGGAAUUGCUUAAUGACGAUGUAUUUCUUGCUCAGGAUUGAUCGGAACAUUGGCUCCAAAUUUUGGCAAGGUCGGAUGAAUGAACUCUUUGACUCCUUCAUCAAUCCCAGAAGUAUGACUAUUUUGAGCAAGGGUUCAUACAGCCUAUUAUCGGACUUUCUGGUCGCAUUGAACUCAUCUAUCAAAAACCUUACCAAUGUUUUCAAACUUAAUGAUUCAAAAACUUCGGUAUAUCUGAAUAACAAAGUGACAUCUAUGUUCAAUCUCCAAGCUUAUCACAAUGACUUUCUAGUACUGCUUAAGUUCAUCAUGGAUUUUGAGUACAAGCCCAAUUUCAAACUGCUCUGCAUAUUUACGGAACUUAAAAGACUGGCAGACCGCCUUUUGAUUCCUUUUCUUUCACAAAAGUACCCUUUAGAGUUUACUCAUUUCGAGGAUGUGUCGAUGACCAAUAACUUCAUCCAGCAAAAUGCAGACUUCUUCCCAAAAUCUUUCCAUCAUUAUUCAUCUAUCAACGUCGAAGAACUGGAAAAGUUGAUCAAUAAUGUAUUGGUGUAUUCUUUUAAUGACAGCUCUUUCCUCAAGAUGUCCGAGCAGCUGAACAAUGAGUUCCCGUUUAACAGCGAUCAUCCUACCUAUGAUCCUUUUGAUUUUUCGAUGGCAGAAUCUGUUUUGCCAUCGGAAGCGACAGGUGAUACAAGUCACAGUGAAAUGGCUCAAGAACCGAGCGAUCUCAUUUUCGAUGAGUCCGAAGUUUCGAAACGCAUCGAUGGCCAAGAUAAGAGGGAACCAACUCUUUCUAAAUCUUUUACCGAAUUGCUAUCAUGGAUGCCGGACAAGCAGAACUUAGAUCACUUAAAUAACGUCAAUGGCCAUAAACAGGGAUUUGCUGAAAGGUAUAGGCUCUCGGAAAAGUAUGUUGUUAUUGCAAAGUGUUUUUUUACAUUUGUUAGAGAACGUUAUGUGAACUGCCAGAUUUUGGACAGAAUGACGAACGACUUUAAAGAACUGCAAAUGUGUCUAGCAAAGGAGAAAGAACGAUAUCAAGCGUCUGCUACAAAGCUUGAAGACAUUUAUAAAGGCGAGGAUGUUUCUCAUCUGAACUCAAUCUCUGGGUUAAGCGCAUUUGAUCGUGUCAGUACCUCUUAA